AUGCUUAUAUUCAUUGUUAUUUAUCUGUGGGAAUUACUCAUUAUUAUGACAACUGCUGUUGCUGGUCAGCAACAAUUACGUACUCAAACAUUUGACAUCACGAUUGGUGGUGUUUUCACAGAUCGAGACGAAGGCACGGAGAGUCAGAGUAUGGAAAGUAUAUUUAAAUAUGCAAUUUUUCACUACAAUCGAUUGGCGAAAGAUGCACAUAAUCUCGCAUUCAAAAUACGAAUUAAAGAAGAAACAUUGAGUUUAAUUGCAGCGGAAUCAGCUGUUCAAACUGUUCAUGAUGUAUGCUCUCUGGUGCAUCAACGUCGUGUACAAGGCAUCUUUGGCCCACCAUAUCCUGAAAUAGCUACACUUGUCCAUUCAAUAUGUUAUCACGUUGAUAUCCCAUUUAUAAAUGUUUGUUCGUCUUGUUACGACGCGGAAAGUUUCGAUGAGGAAACAUCUGAAGACAUUGAACAUAUCCCGCGACGUGAUCGUAUGUCAAUUAAUUUGUAUCCGUCCAAUCAGGAUCUGAAUGUCGCUUUCCAUAAUCUAACCCACAAACUCAAAUGGAGAAAAUUUCUGAUCAUCUAUGAUAUGGAUUCAGGUUUGACACGUCUUCAGAAAGUGCUCAAUGAUCCAGGUGUCAAUCAAACUGAUAUCCUCGUUCGUCAAUUUACACACUAUAAAGACCGAAGUGUCCUUGUCGAUGCAAUUGGCCGUGGUAUUCACAAUAUUAUCUUAGAUUUAAACGAUUUCAACACGCGCACGGUUCUCAAAAUGGCUCUACAGAUGGGCAUGAUCAAUUCAAAUUACCACUAUUUAUUGACAACAUUGAAUAUUGAUACAUUCGAUUUAGAAGAUUUUAAAUAUAAUUAUGUUAAUUUAACUGCUUUUCGAUUAUUCAAUCGUCGUGAUGCUCGCGUGCAAAUGGCCAUGGAAUCGUUUUUUGCUUUUAAAACGAUGCCCAAUACAGAUGCAAAUCGACGCCUGUUCACAACUUCAGUCGCGUUAUGGGCUGAUGCAAUUCUUGCAUUUGCAUACGCGUAUGAUAAAUUAAUUGCUUCUCAAUUAACACUCGGAGUAGAUUUAAUUCGACCGAAUAUUUCCUGUUCAGAUGGUCGCGGAUGGCCAUUAGGCAUUGAACUGCAUUCAAAAUUUAACCAAAUUGCCUUUGAUGGAAUCACCGGCCGGAUUCAAUUUACAACCAAUGGCGAACGAACGGGAUUUGAACUUGACGUUGUUCAUCUCGCUGAAGUUGGCCUUUCAAAAAUUGGCUCAUGGUCACGUGCUAAAGGUGCGAAUGUUACAAUGACUUCGAAUGCACGUAGUGGAUUAUUCAAUUCAACGUUGAUUGUUACAACGAUUCUUGAAGCUCCUUAUGUUAUCUAUAAGAAUAAUUCAAAUCUCACCGAUCUGACGAAUAUUAUGUAUUCCAAUCAUGAUUUUGAAGGAUUUUGCAUCGAUCUCUUGGAAGAAUUAUCGCAUGCAUUGAAAUUUCAUUACAAAAUCAAACCGAUUACAACUUCACGGUACGACGAUAUGGUUGAAGAAGUGAAACAUAAGAGAGCAGAUUUAGCUGUUGCACCCUUGACCAUCAAUUAUGCACGAGAAAAACAAAUUGAUUUUACCAAGCCCUUUCUUAGUUUGGGUAUUGCGAUUCUAUUUAAACUACCCAAACCGGAAAAACCAGGUCUAUUCAGUUUCUUAAGUCCACUUUCACUUGAAAUCUGGAUUUACACAUUUGCUGCUGUCUUCACUGUUAGUUUUAUUCUUCUCUUAAUUGCCCGAUGUUCACCAGAUGAAUGGCGAAAUCCUUAUCCCUGCGAUACUGAAUAUGAUGUUUUAGAAAAUCGUUUUACUGUCAGUAACACACUUUGGUUUGCUAUUGGAACCUUGAUGCAGCAAGGUUCCGACGUUAGUCCCUCUGCUAUAUCGACCCGUCUUGUUUCUGGUAUCUGGUGGUUUUUUACCUUAAUUCUCAUCUCUUCGUAUACUGCUAACUUAGCUGCUUUUUUAACUGUGGAAAAACUCGUUAAUCCAAUCGAGAGUGCUGAAGAUCUAUCGAAACAAAAUAAAAUAAAAUAUGGUGUCGUCGAAAACGGUUCAACAGAACAAUUUUUUCGAGAAUCAAGCAUUCCUACGUAUCAAGCGAUGUGGAAGCAAAUGAAAAGUAAUCCGGAUGUAUUCGUAAGGAAAAACAAAUUCGGUGUCGAUCGUGUCAAAGCCGAAUCCUACGCAUUUCUAAUGGAAUCGACCACAAUCGAAUAUAUUGUACAACGUGAAUGUAAUCUUACGCAAAUUGGCGGUCUAUUGGAUAAUAAAGGGUAUGGAAUUGGAUUACCCGAAGGAAGUCCGUAUCGUGAACGGUUCUCCGAAAUAAUUCUUGAUUUGCAAGAAAAAGGCGUGAUACAAAAGUCGUAUAAUAAGUGGUGGAAAGGGAAAGGAACAUGCUCAUCAGAAAAGAAAGAUUCAAAAGCAAAUCCGUUGGAUUUAACCAAUGUCGGUGGAAUAUUUGUGGUGCUGCUUGGUGGUGUUUUCGUUUCUUUACUUGUGGCUAUUCUCGAAUUUCUAUGGCAUGCAAGAAAAAACCAUGCAAAUCGGCGAGAGUCUGUCUGGUGGGAAUUGAUGAAAGAACUUCGCUUUUCGAUUCAAUGUGGUGCUUCCAAUCGCAAGGCACUAGUAGCUCGUCGAUGUUCUCAAUGUACAAUUGAUAAUGAAGAAAUGGAAUUAAGCGAAGUUCCUGCACAGAAACAACUAAUUCAUCGAACGCAUAGUAAUCGUUCGUCGUCAUCAACAUCAGGUCACUUUCCAGGUGUUCAGCCGGUUCCUAAGCGUCGUACAACUGUGGAACGAACAUCUGAUAACGAUAAAUUCAAUACUUUACUCAUGCUUGCGGCUGAACGAACCAGUUAUCUUGAUACACGUCGAAAGAAGUAUUUUAACGAUCCGCAUACAGAUCAUAAAACUCGUCAUCCAUCUCCUUCACCACAACGAACUGAUAUUCCACUUGUAUUAAUCGAACAACAACCAUUGAAUCAUACCCAAGCUUCCCGUUCUCAUCAAGUUCGAUUUUCGACCAACACAGAUUUAUCGUGUCGAUCCAGUCUACAGAUUCCUAAUUAUGAAGACGAUGAUGGUGAUUCAAACGCAGCCGAUGUUUCAUCAGGUUCAACAUCAUCAGCGAAUCUUCGUCCUAAACCACGUGUUUCUCGAUUGUGA